AUGGCCCGCAGCCCCCGCUGGAUCCCGCUACUGCUGCUGCUGCUGCUGCUGCUGCUUCUGCCGCCGGCCCUGCCCGCCGGGUGUGCGGCCCGCGGGCUCUGCUGCCCCGGCCGCGACCCCGCCUGCCUGAGCACCGGCCGGCGGCCCGACGGCUCCACCGGGCCCUGCUACUGCGACCAGGCGUGUGUCCGCACCCUCGACUGCUGCCACGACUAUGCCGAGACCUGCCCGGUUAUCCCCUGUGUGGUAUCUCAGUGGAGCGCCUGGAGCAGCUGUGCAGAGCCUUGCAAGACAACGUAUCGUGUCCGGACAAGGCACAUUGUCCAGGAGCCCAGGAACGGGGCAGAGGCAUGUCCUGCUCUGGAGGAGAGGGCUGGCUGUGUGGAGUACUGGACUCAGCAAGGAACAGAGUGCAAACAGUCCCUGAUCCCGGCAUUAAUAACUACGGGAGGGUUUGGAAAAGCGAGGAAGAAAAGAGCUGCAGCUGAUGGCAAGGAAAGAGCAGGGUACUGUGUUGAGUUCCAGCUCGUGGCCAUCACGCCGGGCUGCCUGCACAGCCACCACUCGUACACCCGCUGGAUGCGCUACCUCAGGGAGGGCCACACGGUCUGUGUGGAGUGUCAGCACCCGGCCCUGGACUCCAGAAGUCAGCAUUGCUCCGGGGAUGGCACUGGGAGCAGAAAGAAUCAGCUGUUGCACUGGCAGGCGGUGGGGAACCCUCGAUGCAAGGGAACCUGGAGGAGAAUUCGCCAGCUGGACACUUGCUCCUGCCCUUCUGUUCACAGCUUCUUGUUCAUCUGACUUCCCCAGGCAGCCCCAGUGCACCAGGGCUGUGGUGCCUCCUCUGGCAGCAGCGGGAGCCCCAGGCAAAGCAGCGACUGCUCCGUGUCAGAGGGGGCACCCACAAUCCUCUGUCUGUCUGUGCUCCUCGAUUUCCAAAGAAAUCAGGCUGGCUGGGAAGUGCCAGUCUCUUUCUUCCCUGAGAGAGACAUGUCUGACCCUGAUGACUUCUUGCAAAUCCCUCCUUUCUUGAGAGGAUAGAGAAUUUACCAAAUAACAAAUGCGACAAUAAAGGCCGUAAGAACCCA